AUGAUACAUUCUAUUAUUCAAUUUUAUCCAACUAAUAAUGGUUCUAGAUAUCCAUUUAUCAUAUUUCAUGAUGAAAAUUUUACUUCAGUCAUGCGUCAACAAAUAUUAUUAUGUGUUCUCAAAAACGACAAAACGAUAAAUAUUUCAUUUGAACUCAUUAAUUUUCAAACAACAGUACAACCAUCUGAUAAAUCACGAUUAGAAAAACCAAUUGGAUAUCGUUUAAUGUGUCGAUUUUGGAUAUAUGAUGUUUUUUAUCAUCCAGCUAUUCGUCGAGGAAAUUAUGAGUAUUUAAUGAGAAUGGAUGAUGAUUCAUACUUUAUGGAUACAGUCGAAAAAGAUAUUUUCCUUGAUAUGAAUAAUCGAAAAUUAGAUUAUAUUUAUCGAUCUUCAUAUUCGGAACCGACAACACCAAUGCAACCAAUCUUACGACGUUUUCUCAAGGACACGAUCCUUAGUCGUAGUUGUAUUUAUAAUAAUUUUUUUGUUAUUCGUUUGAAAUGGUAUUAUGAAUCAAAACGUGUUAAAAGUUUUGUUCAUGAAUUGAUUGAAGAUGAUUUAAUACUUCGAGAAUAUAUCGGUGAUGGAUGUGUUCAUUCAGCAAUGCUUGAAAUUGAUAAUCAAGUUAAAGUUGAAUAUGUGACUAAUAUUCCUUAUGGUCACAAUUUCCAUUUGAUGCCAUUGGGUUACUUCAAAAUAUUAUUUCGUUUUGCAAAAACAUUUGAGAAAGAGAUGAACAAAUUCUGUCAACAGUUGACAGUACUUAGAGGUGCUCGAGGCGUAUUAAAACGAAUCAAAAUAUCCUAA